AUGCACUCUCAUCCCACCUUGGACGAUUUCAGUGCUCCAACGGCCCGCGACCUUUUCCUUCUUGAUCCGCCGGACAAUUCCUCCACGUCCGACGGUCGCUUUUCUCCCCCCUUUCAAGCCGUUUUCCGUGCAACCGAAAAGCUGGAGCUACCGUCGAUCUCGCAGGUCCACACCCGCGGUCCUGCUGAUAUCCCCUGGUACAACCACCACGCCGCUGAACGACCCAUAUUGUCAGGCGAUAAGCUCCCGGCGCUGAGCUUACCCACAGCCAUCCAAGGCCAGACUGCUCGGGCAUACCAAGACCCCUCUGUGGCCAGCUCCAAUUCCAGCGCUCGCACGAGUCUCUCUGGAUCCUCUGUGGCUGCCCACGAGCGCAGCCCGCCCCCGGAUCUGGCUGGGACCCAGGGCCGGCUCUCUCUGGACUCAGGCGCCGACUACAGCAUCCCACCCGCAUCCGUCCACGACGGGUACUAUCCCAGCCCAACCUCGCUCGGCAGCAUGAAUCAGUCACAGCCUUACAUGGACGUCCCAUCACACCUGUCUUCUGCACAGCCCUACACCUCUCAGGGUGCCACGUCUGGCACUAUGCCCCAAUAUCCUUACCCCCAGCAACCCCCGGUCCUGCAGCCUUCUUCGACCUAUGCUCCGGCCCCGUACUCGCAGUAUGGAUAUCCCAGUGGUGUCACAUCGCCACCGACAGGACAUCCCGCUUCAUCCAGCUCCAUCGGGGGUCAAAUUCCCUCGCAGCUGCUGCCAUUACCUGUCACCCCCCACUCAGUCACGCCGGCCGGCUAUGGCAACAGCACGGGGGCCCCUUUACAGGGCUACAUUUAUGACCCUUCGGGGCAGAACCCACCCCCAGGAGCUAAGCCGCGAGUGACUGCCACCCUGUGGGAAGAUGAGGGCAGUCUCUGCUAUCAGGUGGAAGCGAAAGGAGUUUGUGUAGCUCGGCGGGAAGAUAACCACAUGAUCAACGGAACCAAGCUGCUUAACGUGGCGGGAAUGACCCGAGGCCGCCGAGAUGGUAUUCUCAAGAGUGAAAAAAUGCGACAGGUGGUCAAGAUUGGCCCGAUGCAUCUGAAAGGUGUUUGGAUUCCCUUCGAGCGUGCCCUGGAGUUUGCCAACAAGGAAAAGAUCACGGAUCUCUUGUACCCGCUGUUUGUACACAACAUCGGCGGCCUCCUCUACCACCCGGCCAACCAGACCCGGACCAACAUGGUUGUGCAAGAAUCGCAGCAGCGGCGUCUCGAGGGCCCACCCCCUGGUGCCCAGCGCACCCCCUCAGGGCAUCAGUCCGCGGGUCUCCACCACCAUCACUCCAUGCAGACACCCAUGUCCUCGCACAUGUCCCACCCCUCGGCCAUGGCCGGUCAGCCUGGCUCUCGGCCGGGAGUCGACCGGGCCAAUACGUUUCCCACACCUCCCGCCAGCGCCUCGAGCUUGAUCGGCGUGACCGGCCAAGGCAGUUCGUACGAAUGGGGUGGCCAGAGCAUGAACUCCGGGGUCCCGCACAAUCAGCCGCUGUCCAUCGAUACGUCUCUGAACAGCCAACGUUCCAUGCCGACCACCCCGGCUACCACGCCGCCGGGCAACAACAUGCAAGGCAUGCCCUACCAAGGACAGUCCGGGUAUGACAAUUCCAAGCCGUAUUACUCGGCGGCGCCUCAGUCGCACUCGCAGUACGCCCCGCAGACCCCCUUGGGUUCCUCGGGCAUGUCCGCGUAUGGCCAGUCGAUGCCAGCUACCUACCUGAAAAGUGAGAUGGCGCCCCCGACGGGUCGGGCACCGGGUGCCACGGAACCCGAGACGUCGGAACUCAAAUCUGACCGAUACUCCCACGGCCCCGGCCCUGGCGAGGCGGUUUCGGAACACGAGCCCGAGUACCUGCAUGACCAUGGCGCUGCCUAUAGCAGUCGGGGCUCUUACACCUACACGACCAACCCAUCCAUCGGAUCUCUGACUGGAGAGCACUCCCAGCUGACGCCGGAGAUGACGGGAUCCCCGCAGCAAAACGGCUCGGGCCGUCUGACGCCGCGAACCGGCGGUGCCCCUCCGCCGCACUGGGCGUCGGGCUACAACACCCCCCCGCGCCCGGCUGCCACCAGCCUCUACAACGCGGUUAGUGACACGCGCGGCACUCCGGCCAAUGGUCCCUCGGAUGGUUAUUCCAUGGCGUCGGCCCCGGCGCCCGUGUACUCGACCACGAUGAACGGGUCUCUGAGCUCGGGCACCAAGCGGAUGCGUGAGGAUGACGAUGUGAUCCAUCAGGACUCCGCUGCCGAGUAUGACAGCAAGCGCCGCAAAACCCUGACCGAUGCGACUCUUGGUGGGCCUGUGGGUGGGGCUCCCCUGCUGCAGCCCAUGAAGACCGGUGGAGUCAUGGCCCGCCGUCGCUGA